AUGAAUAAUUUUACAAUUACAGAAAAUGAAAAAAACCUCAAAAAAAUAAAAAAAAACAUAGAGGAGAGUAAUACCAAUAUUAGUUAUGAAGAACCACUACCUUUUGAUUUCCUCACUGAAAAUGACUAUAAAAAAUAUGAUAAUUUUGUUAAUUUUUUUGAAGAAAAUUUUUCAAAAAUUAAUAUAAAGGAUAUAAAUAAUAAAAUAAAUGAAAUUAAAAAUGAAGAAAAUUCAUAUUUUUCCAACUAUUUAAAUAGUUCAGAUGAAAGUGAUGUUGAAAUGAUAGAAAAGGGGGGUCAACAUGAUUUAGAUUUAGAUUUUAAGAAAAAAAAAGAAUAUAACAAAAACUUAAAAUUAAUAAAUAUAAAAAAAAACAAAAGAGCAAGAUUAAAUGUAAUAGUUAUAAAAAAAAAGUAUAUAGAUAAUACUUCAAUAGUUGAAGAAAAUGUAAAAGAAAUAAAAAAAAACACGAUAAUAAUAUCACCCCUAUUUAUGCCUGUAGGUACAAAAUGUUGUAUUAAAGGCCUAAUAGAAGAAGAAGUAAAACAUAUAUGUAAUUAUAUUAUUUUAAGUAACACUUAUCAUGUUUCAAAUAUUUAUGAUAUGACUAUAUUUCAAAAAAAUAAAGAUAUUAACAAUUUUAUAAGAUUCCCAAAUUCGAUGCUUACAGAUUCGGGUGGGUUUCAAAUGGUUUCUCUUAGCAAGCGAAUUAAAAUAUUAGAAGAAGGAAUAUUGUUUAAUAACAUAUAUGAUAGCUCAAUUAUUAAUAAAAAUAUGCAAUUGCUUUUAAAGGAUGAAAUAGAUUGUGAUCAGCCAAUUGGUAUACACUUAAAUCAAGGAACUGGAAAUGUAGAAAAAAACGGAGACAUAGAAAAAAACGGAGACAUAGAACAAAACGGAGACAUAGAAAAAAACGGAGACAUAGAACAAAAUGGAGACAUAGAACAAAAUGGAGACAUAGAACAAAAUGGAGACAUAGAACAAAAUGGAGACAUAGAACAAAAUGGAGACAUAGAACAAAAUGAAGGGGAAGAUAUACUUCUUACCCCUGAAAAAUCAAUUAAACUACAAAAUAUGAUUGGAAGCGAUAUAAUAAUGGCAUUAGAUGAUGUUCGGCCUGCCACAGAAAGCGAUAUAAAAAAAAUUGAGGAAGCAACAUAUAGAACAAAUAGAUGGUUAGAAAGGUGUAUAAAAAGUCAUGGCAAAAAAGAAGAACAAACUUUAUUUGGAAUAAUACAAGGAGGAUUAUGUAUUGAUUUAAGAAAUAAAUCUAUGGAUUUUAUUUUACGAAAAAAAUUAAAUGGGUAUGCUAUAGGGGGUUUAUGUGGAGGUGAAAAAAAAAAAAAAUUUAUAGAAAUAAUAAAUCAUUGUUCAAAUGAAAACAAUUUAAAAUAUAAUUAUUUACCAAUAAAUAAAUGUAGAUAUAUAAUGGGUAUAGGAUAUUUAAUGGAUAUAUUAUUUUGUUCAAUUUUAGGAUAUGAUAUGUAUGAUUGUGUAUACCCAUCAAGAACAGCACGAUUUAAUACCGCAUUAAGUUAUGAUGGAACAUUAAAAUUAAAACAAGCUAAAUAUAAAUAUGAUUUUACCCCACUUGUUAAAAAUUGUUCUUGUUAUGUUUGUAGUAAUUAUUCUAAAUCAUUUUUACAUUUGCUUAUAACUAAAAAAAAUCCAGUUGUUAAUACUUUAUUAACAAUUCAUAAUAUUUUUUUUACACUUCAUUUUUGCUAUCUAAUGAGAGUAUCGAUUUUUUCGAACAAAAUUGACUAUUUUGUCACAACUGCUUUAUAUAACAAUUUUGUUAUUGGAUAUAAAAAUGGAAAUUAUAAAAUCCCAGAUAGUGAUAUUAUGAGUGAUAGUGAUAAUAGUCCAGUAAACAGAAAUACCAAUUUGAAUAAACAAAAUGAAAAUGAAUCUAAGAAUAAUAAGACAACAAUUAAUGGUCUAAUAAAUAUAUGCAAUAAUAACACAAGUGUGAACGAAACAAAUGAAAUAACAGGAAAUUAUGAUUAUUAUGGUGAUAAUUUAAAAAAUGAAUUUUCCACUAAAAAAAACGAUAAAAUAAAUGAACUAAAAGAGCGAUUACCAAUUUGGGCAUUAGAAGCUUUGAAAUAUGCCAAUAUAGAACUCAAAUUUUGA